UCCUCCCUCAGUCUGGGACAACGGGGUUAGACAGCCAAGCCUCUUUCCCACUUUUCUUUCUUAAUCAAAAAUCACCACAUAAACAUAAAUAUCAGCCAUGACACGGGGGAUUUAAUCUGAGGCGGUGAUCCCGGCUUCAGCAGGAGUCCGAGUGUCACUUCGGGUCACUCUCCUCGUCUGCCUUCUCCCCUUCCACCCACCACGUAGGUGGUUGCUAUGGAGAACUCUUCAGUGGCAUCUGCAUCAUCUGAGACUGGGAGCACACGGUCACAAGAAAUUGAAGAGCUGGAGCGUUUCAUUGACAGCUACGUGUUGGAGUACCAGGUGCAAGGGAUUCUUGGAGACAAGGCUGAUGGUGACUUAGAUUUGGACAGUCGAGGCAAGGUGCCACAGUGGACACAUGACUGUAACAACAAGAAGGAUGGCAGCUGGUCAUCUUCAUGGGGGAGAGGCUCAUCCAAGCCAGAUGAGUGGGAACACAGUAGCAAUGGCAGCACAGGUUCCAGACCCAGUUCAGGCUCCAGGCCAGGUUCUGGCUCCCGCUCAGAUAGCAGGGGCCGAAACAACCAGUUCAAAGUCCCCACAAAGAAUGGGAACAGAGAUGGAUCCUUGGACAUUCUUGGGACAGACAUCUGGGCUGCAAACACAUUGGACUCCCAUGGAGGGCCAGGCUGGGACGUACAGCCAGAGAAAUUAGACUUCAGCCAUUUCCAUAGGAAACACUUCAGAGGAACACCAAAGCACCUGCCACACAUUGACAGAGAGGGGAUGAACAAAAGCAAGUUUGAGGAAGAUGACAGCAUCGACAUGAAUGACAUAGACAAGUUUUUACCCCAUCUAUGCUCUGUCUUCCCGCCCCUACCCAAUGAGGCUGAGAUUGCACACACCAAAAAGCUCUUCCGACGCAGGAGGAAUGACCGAAGGAGGCAUCAGCGGACUCAAGGAGGAGGAGGUGGUGUAGGAGGGAAGAACCAGCCUCAGCAAACGCAACAACAGUCACCACAGCACCAGAGGGAUCAAACACAACAACAGUCUCCAAACCAACAGCCUCACAAUUUGAUAGAAAUGGGGGAUAACAGACAAAACAGUAGUGGUCGACCACCUCGCCAGGAUCAAGGAGGACAAGGGCAGCGCCAAGGAGGGCCCCCGCACCAUGGAUACAGUCAGAAUCGACGUUGGCACUACAAUCAGAAAGCGCAGACCCACGGACACUCAAACACCAUAAGUGAUAAAGGAGCACCACCAAAGACAACUAAAGACAAUGAAACAGAGAAUGUAACAUUAGCUGAGGAGCAGAUCAGGCUUCCACAGGACUGUGGCAGUAGUGAAUCACCCAAAUCUGAAUCAAGAGCCAAUACAAAUGAAGUGGUAAUUAAGGAUUCACCCAACCCAUCAGGAACCAGGAAUGCAAGCAAAAACCAGCCAGAGCAGCCCAAAAUCAACCUCCUGCAGUCAUCCAAGGAGAGGCUGAGGAGGCGACUAAAGGACAAGGAAGAAGCACAGGUGGAGGCAUCGGGCUCGGGACCACAGAGCAUGGACCGGCUGGUGAACCUUCUCAACAACAUGAGGAGCAACAGCAGCGGAGUGGAGCAGCAGCUGGCUUCGUUCAUGGAGGAAGCCCAGACUUCAGCACAAUCCGAGGAUGCCCUGGCUCAGGUGGUCACUGCAAUCUACACCAAAGCUGUGUCCGACAGGAACUUUGCAGCCACAGCUGCCAAGCUCUGUGACAAGAUGGCGCUGUUCAUGGUGGAGGGGACCAAGUUCCGAUCGCUACUCCUCAACAUGCUGCAGAGGGAUUUCUCCUGUCGUGAGAAGCUCCAGCAGUCUGAUGUGGAGAAGUGGUUAGGUUUCAUCACCUUCUUAUGUGAGGUGUUUGGGACCAUGAGGAGCAGUACCAGGGAGCCCUUCAGGGUGCUGGUUUGUCCCAUCUACACCUGUCUACGUGAGCUAUUAGAGUCCACAGAUGUUAAGGAAGAUGCAGUACUCUGCUGUUCCAUGGAGCUGCAGAGCAUGGGGCAUCUCUUGGAAGAGCAGCUUCCAGAGAUGAUGACUGAUCUCCUUGCAGCAGCCAGGGACAAGAUGCUUUGUCCAUCCGAGUCUCCACUAACCCGCUCGCUCCUCAUGGAGGUCAUCGAACUGCACGCCCACCGUUGGAGCCCCCUGGAGGCUUUUACCACUCAGUACUACAACCGCACCAUCCAAAAACUCACCACCACUGCCUAGCUGCCUCAGUGUCAGCAACAAGGAGAGAGGACACUAAAUGUUUUUCAUCUCGACAUUACCAGCCACCCUCGAAAUAUUAUUUGGUCACUGAGUUUGAUCGUUCCUCCACCAAAGUAGCCGAGAGCAACCACAGCUACACAUUUUCUGAAAAGGCGGAAAGCACAUUUGGCAUGUGAAAAUAUGGCCGGAUGGCACGGCCAGUGGGGGUUGUCUUGUCUCCUCAGCGUGGCAGCUCGCUCUGCUGUGGCUGGUGAGGUACAAGACAAGAGAGGAUUCUCGUUAAAGCGGAGGAGGACGAGGAAGAAGAGGAGGAGGAGGAGGAAGAGGGCGGCAGCCUGUUCCUGGGGAAUAGAGAGAUCCUCUCCCAAAGAUAGUAGCAGGGGUGGUCAGGAGAGUUCGUGUUAGUCUCUUCAUUGUGUUCAUUUGCCCACUGCUCCCCCGCUCCUCCCCACCACAUCACGCCUCCCCCCCUCCGCCGUCUCUCCAUCAGCCCCUGAGAUCUGUGGCUGAUAAAGAGCGAAGGAGGAGGAGGGAGGAGGCGGUGGGCGCUGUCUGUCUGGGCUGUCUGCCCUGCCGGGCCAGGCAGCAGGUCAAAGGGCCCCGCUGUGGGGCCGUGCUGCGGCGCUCCACAGCCUUUGUCUCCCAAACCAACCCCCCUCCACAUGCACCAGCAGGAAGCCUUUUGUGGGAAGGAGACAGUGGGGCUGCUGGCCGGUUCUGAGGAUAAGGAUCAGGCUGGCUGGAGUACGGUGGCAGAUGGCUGCUUGAGCCCCUGUGAGACGACAACACUCUGAACACACCCCUCGGCAUCUAAACUCCCUGAACACUAGCGGCUGCUACCAAUCGAAGCAGUAGGAAUAUUAACUGGGGGGGUGCUUUUAAAACAGACACUACCCUCUAUAAUAAUUCUUUUGUUUUUGUCUGACAGGAAAAUGAAAUACUGUAAGUCAGUUUGACAUGUAGUGUUUGGGCUUAUUGCAGGGGUUGGAUUUGUUUUGCACCAUUCUGAGGCAGUUUUCUUUCAAAUUAAAGCUACAGUGUGUAGGAUUCGGGAGUUGAUUUGCAGAAAUGUUCAUAGAGUCCAUAACCAUCUGCUCAUUAGUGUGUAAUUUCCAGUUAAGACAAAUCUAUGUGUUUUCAUAAUCUUAGAAGGGCCCUUCAUAUCGACAUGUGGUCGGGCCCCUUCAUGAAUUUCCACCAUGUUAGACCGCGUGUUUGAUAAAGUUGUCCAGAAGGGACAUGCUUACUCCACCUUUAGCAUUUUGCAGCCCUGCUGGAAGACUGAAGAAAAAAUAAAAUUAAGGCAUCAGUGGUUGGUCCCCUAUACACUGUCUACUGGUUGCUAGUGCAGUCUAGCGAGGUUGAGAAGCAUCAUUUUUGUGAAAUUGAGGAUCAUACAUUUUGCUUAUCACAAGUGGAGGCAAGGGAGUACGAAUUGCCCCCACCAACAAAUGCAAAAAACUGAAGGGAAACAAUCUGAGCAGUGACAGCAUAAUGCAGUCGACAACCUCACCACUAGAUGGCAAUGAAUCCUACACACUGUUGCUUUAAGGAAACCAAAUGCAAAAAAAAAAAUAAAAAAAAAUAAAUUAGUACCUGAGCAUUAACAAAAAUAACCCUCAGUAUUGAUGAUAAUGUGACAGGGCUUAGGGAAGGUUUGUAGGAUGUUUUAAAGGACUAAUGGUGUUGACAGGUAGCCAUGUUUUUAUAGGAUCAUUUUUUUGCUUGGAGGCCUUGUGGGAGAGCGAAGACAAAACAGUCAAACGGAUCAUUCUGUUGCUGAAAAAGAGGGAAAAUGACAUGAAAGAAAAAAAAAAAAAAAAAAAAAGUCCAAGCAUGGCACACAGGAAUAUAAGUGUAAAACUCUUUGAAUUGUGUUUCUGCUCACUCACUUCUUUGCAGUGGACAUUUUACAGCUGUUUAAUAUCGACUGUAUUCGCUUUGUUUUUUGAGAACAAUGAAAACUAUUAACCUGUGUAUUUUGAAGAUGACGAUCAAAAGAGGAAAAUCUUGUUGUAUGAUCUCAUUAGCUAGUCAUAUAUGGCAAUUAGCCCAGCGAACGUGUGCUGUGAUAUCGACGUACCAUUUGUAAACGGGCUCUAACAUAUAUAUAUAAUCCAGCAUUCCUUAUAUUUACCAGCCUUUAAAAAAAAAACAAACAAAAAGUAAAUGAGCUGUCAUUGGCUGUCGAGUGCUAGUGGUGACACAGAAAGAUUACGGUCGUGUGGCGUUCUGCUGCCCACGCAUCAGGAAUUAGCUCCUUAUGAUUACACAUAGUUUCCCUUGAAUAUCUGUGGGCAUUUUUAAGUGUUAUAUAUUAUUUUCUUUGUCUUGCAUCAAGAAUACUGAUUCUGUGUGGUAGAAACACAUCUCAGAUGAUUUACAUAGAUGAGAUGGGGUUGGGGGGAGUAAUCAUCUGUCACUGGGUGUCUGCUCACAACAAGUAAUGUUAGACAUUGUCUUUGUAUUUUAUUUUUAGGUUAAUAUUUAAAUUAAAUUUGGGUCAUUUAUAUAUAUGUAUGUGUAUGUUAUUAAAACACUGUAGCUAACAGUCUGUUUAAUGUAAUGUUAGCCUGGGCGCUAACUCUACUUCCUGCAUAUGUGACAAAUUACAGGACAAGCAGAAAACCAUUUGGACCCCCAACCCUCAUAUUUCAUCCUACAGUACUUACACUACAGUAUUCCCUUAAACCCUGUGCACUGGCCCUGCAGCAUGGUCAUUUAAUUGUUCAUAUAUCUAUCUGUGUUCAGAACAGGAAUUUAAAAAAAAAUCACUCUGGUGCCUCACAGUCUACCAUGAGGCACCCAGAGUGAUUUUUGGUUUCCACAUAGAUGUUUUGCAUUACUUUUUGUUAUUUAAUCUGCGUUAUUUCUGGUCUAGAUGUGUUGAUGGUAUUGCACAGUUCAUGUUGACACCAUUGUGACACACUGUGACACCAUUGUGACAACAGUGUGGCACAUCGUGACACCAUUUGUGGCACACUGUGACACCAUUGUGACACACUGUGACACCAGUGUAUCACCAUUGUGACACCAGUGUGGCACACUGUGACACCAUUUGUGGCACACUGUGACACCAGUGUGGCACACUGUGACACCAUUUGUGGCACACUGUGACACCAUUUGUGGCACACUGUGACACCAUUUGUGACACACUGUGAAACCAGUGUGUCACCAUUGUGACACACUGUGACACCAGUGUGGCACACUGUGACACCAUUUGUGGCACACUGUGACACACUGUGACACCAGUGUAUCACCAUUGUGACACACUGUGACACCAUGUGUCCCCAUUGAUCAGGAAAGGUUAACUUAAGGUUUGGGGUCUGCGGCGGCGCCUGUUAUUUUAUCUGUCACGCAUACAGGAAGUACAACGUGCUCCGGGUUAAGUGUCCGUAAACAGAUGGUUAGUCACUGCCUUAU